AUGCUUGUUCUAGUUUCUUUUAGACUAUCCGUAACAAGGAUUGCAUCUGUGGUUGCCCAGGCAGUCGUUGCGGCCAUACAGUCACCAACUCCUUCUGCGGUUGUUGACACCAGGGAUGUACCCCUUAAUGGUCGCUCUGAGACUGGUGCGCAAGUGCAGGGGCCAGUGGCAUCAGCCUUAGAACACCUCACAGGUGAGAAUAAUCUGGUUGUGCGUCCACCAUCAUUUGGCUCCCAUGUUCAGUUUAAUUCUAUUACCAUCCAGAUUGAUGUUCUGGUCAGUCCCAAAAUAAAGGCUAAAAUUUGGGUGAAUGAGUUUAUUGAGUUUGGUUCACUAUUGAACCCCUAUGUGGGCGAAAGAAAAUAUCAGCUUUCACUGGCACAGAGUGGGAGUUCGGUGCCAACACUUUCAUUAGACGGCCAUCCUAUAAGAUUAAACCCAUAUACAGCAUUGAUGCAUGGACAUCAGCCUUCCAGAUUUUUUUUGGGUGGGGUUUACAACAGUAAAUUUUCUCAAGAAGCUCCCAAAUUAACGAAAUAUGUGGAGGUUGUGCCAGACUUGGCUGCACGAGGAGCAAAUUUGAGAUUUUAUGACACUCAGUUUCGAUCCGGCGCUACAACAAACAAGAGCACAUGA